AUGUUUCAAACAGUCAAUGCCUUAAUCGGGACUGUAAACCACUUUUUAUGGCGACCAGAAUUCGCUGCAUACAUGGUUGAAGGUACUCCAGGUGUACCAUAUGGAGGACUGUUGGCAUGUUUCAAUGUUGUCGAGGCAAAUAUGGUCGUGCGUCGUAAGGAAGUGCAAAAAAUGCUGAAAAAGGAAGAUCUGAGUGCUCUUGGCGAAGGCGAUAUGAUUAGCGCUGCUAAGCCAGACCACAUCUACAUGGAUCAUAUGGGUUUUGGUAUGGGAUGCUGUUGUUUACAGGUAACUUUCCAAGCCGUAAAUGUAGAGGAAGCUCGAUGGCUAUACGAUCAACUUACUCCUAUCACUCCCAUUCUUCUCGCUCUAUCGGCUGCAACGCCGAUCUUUCGGAGCAAACUAGCAGAUGUUGACUCACGAUGGGAUAUCAUUAGCGCGAGUGUGGAUGAUCGAACAGCCGAGGAACGCGGGCUAGUUCCGCUGAAGAACUCGAAGUGGAGGAUUGCGAAAAGUCGUUAUGAUUCUACUGACUGCUACAUCUACCCAUGCUCAGUGGCUUACAAUGACAUACCGCUACAGUAUGAUGAGGCAAUCUACCAACAGCUGCGAGAUGGUGAUAUUGAUGAACCGCUGGCUAAGCACAUUGCUCACAUGUUUAUAAGAGAUCCACUCCAGGUAAGCAGCAUAUAACU